GGGACACAGUCAAAAUGAAUGCAAGCUGUCUCUUGGAACAGCAGAGGAGCCUAAUCUGUGCUAUAUAAACACUUCAUUGCGUUUGAUUUGAAUAUCAGAGAGCAGUUUCUGUGCUCCUCUGCAAGGAAAGGAAGAGCUUGCUCUGUCAAGUGCAGUAGAUUAGAACAGAGAUUGGGUACUGGUGUUUUGGCUCGAGAAUGGCGGAGUUUCAAUGGGGAGGAGGCGGUAGCCUCUGUCCCCGGCUUAUUACACUGCUGCUGCUAGGAUUCAUUGUCAUCAUUAGCAAUGCUGCUUCUACAAAUGCUGAGGAGGGCCGUAUUCUGAGUGAAUAUGAGUACAAAUCUCCCCCUCCUCCAUCACCAUCUCCUCCUCCGCCUUAUUACUACAACUCUCCACCCCCUCCAUCACCAUCUCCUCCUCCUCCUUACUACUACAAGUCUCCACCGCCUCCAUCCCCAUCUCCUCCUCCCCCUUACUACUACAAGUCUCCACCCCCACCAUCACCAUCUCCUCCACCCCCUUAUUACUACAAGUCCCCACCCCCUCCCUCACCAUCUCCUCCUCCACCUUACUAUUACAAGUCUCCGCCCCCACCAUCACCAUCUCCUCCACCCCCUUAUUACUACAAGUCCCCACCCCCUCCCUCACCAUCUCCUCCUCCACCUUACUAUUACAAGUCUCCGCCCCCACCAUCACCAUCUCCUCCACCCCCUUAUUACUACAAGUCCCCAUCCCCUCCCUCACCAUCUCCUCCUCCACCUUACUAUUACAAGUCUCCGCCCCCACCAUCACCAUCUCCACCUCCCCCUUACUACUACAAGUCUCCGCCCCCACCAUCACCAUCUCCACCUCCCCCUUACUAUAAGUCUCCACCUCCUCCCUCACCAUCUCCUCCUCCCCCUUACUACUACAAGUCCCCACCUCCUCCCUCACCAUCUCCCCCUCCCCCUUACUACUAUAAGUCUCCACCCCCACCAUCACCAUCUCCACCUCCUCCUUACUAUUACAAGUCUCCACCUCCACCAUCACCAUAUCCUCCUCCUCCCUAUUACUACAAGUCUCCACCCCCUCCCUCACCAUCUCCUCCUCCUCCUUACUACUAUAAGUCUCCACCCCCUCCCUCACCAUCACCACCUCCUCCUUAUUACUACAAGUCUCCUCCACCACCGUCACCAUCAGCUCCACCACCAUACUACUAUAAGUCCCCACCUCCACCAUCACCAUACUUUCCUCCACCUUGCUAUUACAAGCCUCCCCAUCAUAGCCACCACCAUCACACGCACCACCACCAUCAAAAACAUCACAAGUCCCCACUUCCACCAUCACCACCAACCCAUGAACCAUAUUACUAUAAGUCUCCACCUCCACCAUCACCUUCCUCUCAUCCAUCAUACUAUUACAAGUCCCCUCCUCCACCGACAUACUAUUACAAGUCCCCACCACCACCAUCACACUCUCCUCCUCCCCCAUACUACUACAAAUCACCUCCUCCUCCAUCCCCUUCACCUCCACCUCCUUAUUACUAUAAGUCACCCCCUCCUCCAUCACCAUCACCCUCUCCAAUGUACUACUACAAGUCACCCCCUCCACCAUCUCCCUCACCACCACCAAUCUAUUACUACAAGUCACCUCCUCCUCCAUCUCCCUCACCUCCACCACCCUACUACUACAAGUCACCUCCCCCUCCAUCACCAUCUCCACCUCCACCAUAUUACUACAAGUCUCCACCCCCUCCAUCACCAUCUCCUCCUCCUCCUUAUUACUACAAGUCUCCACCCAUUCCCUCACCAUCACCUCCACCACCAUACUACUACAAGUCCCCACCACCACCAUCACCUUCUCCUCCUCCUCCAUACUACUAUAAGUCCCCACCUCCACCAUCACCUUCUCCUCCUCCUCCAUACUACUACAAGUCCCCUCCUCCCCCAUCACCUUCUCCUCCACCACCAUACUAUUACAAGUCCCCACCACCACCAUCACCCUCUCCUCCUCCUCCAUAUUACUACAAAUCACCUCCUCCUCCAUCCCCUUCACCUCCACCUCCUUAUUACUACAAGUCACCCCCUCCUCCAUCACCAUCCCCACCUCCACCAUCCCCACCUCCACCAUACUACUACAAAUCUCCUCCUCCUCCAUCUCCUUCACCUCCACCUCCAUACUAUUACAAGUCUCCUCCUCCACCCUCACCUUCUCCUCCCCCACCUUACUACUACAAAUCACCCCCUCCUCCAUCUUCUUCACCACCACCUCCUUACUACUAUAAGUCUCCUCCCCCACCAUCCCCUUCACCCCCACCUCCCUACUACUACAAGUCUCCUCCUCCUCCAUCCCCUUCGCCACCACCUCCUUACUACUACAAGUCUCCUCCCCCACCAUCUCCUUCACCCCCACCUCCGUACUACUACAAGUCUCCUCCCCCACCAUCGCCUUCACCUCCACCUCCCUACUAUUACAAGUCUCCACCACCUCCAUCUCCUUCCCCACCACCACCAUAUCAGUACACAUCCCCUCCACCUCCAAUUCCAUCCCCACCUUACGUCUACAGGUCCCCUCCUCCUCCAUCUCCUUCUCCUCCUCCCCUAUACUAUUAACAUUCUCCACCUCUACCACUAUAGACUGCUGUCACAAAGUGUGUUCCUUUUCAGUAGGUCAUGAAACAUUCAAUACAAUAACUGUCUGCUCGAAUAAAAAAUCAAUCUUUGGGCCAGUACCAUCUCCGUCUUAUUUAGUUUUUGACAAUGUAGCUGGUAUUGCAAUAGUACUGUUGAGAAGUUUUAUUGCAAAUGUCACUGCGAGAUUUGUGAACUUGAGAUCAGUAUUGCUAGCUGUACUUGUUAGUAAUAGGCUGAUUGGUAUUAGUUUCGUUCAGAUGGGGUAUUUGAAGAGAGACUGAGGCGCAAUGAAAGCUGAGUUAAAAAAAUUGGCUGUCUUCAGCAGUGAAGAAUAGGGAUCUCUUUUUAUGCUCUGUUUGUACAUCAUUAUUUAUUCUAUUUCCAUUCAGUUUUGAGAGGAAUUCGUUUAUUCAUGGCUGUGCUACUGAAUAAAAUUGAAUAAAGUGCCAGCUAAUAAGCUCAUUAAUCUCCAGUCUUCAAUCCAAUUUUUGUACUUCAGUUCUCAUUUAAAAAAUUGAAGUGCAUGCUUUAUUCCGAA